AAGUUUGUUGGUCCUUAAUAAAUAAUCAUCUGAACCAAUCACACCGUAACAGUUUCUCUCCUCUUUGAUUAUAACGUCGAUGGUCGGUCGUCGUCAUCGUUCUCCCUUUCCCACCAUUUUGCCUACUGCCUCCUGCUGAGACGGAUAAGAUGGAUAUUAUAACCGAAGAAGUGAUAUGGAAAGAAAUCGAGGUUUCAGAGAGCUACCUUGUUUGCUCCAUGUAUGAACAAGCUGCAUCACUAGCUUCCUCUAUUUUGGAACGCUUGCGCCAUGAUUACCACGACAUUGCAACUCAAGAUAUGCUUGAAUCAAUUUCCAUGGUCCUCCUUCAGGCGUUCAAUCAAAUUGGCAGGACUUCAGAAAUCUUUGAUCAACUCCGACACCAUUUCGUUUCACUAAAAGCUAUUCCCGCUCAAGUUCUUCUUACUGGAGCAUGUUUUCAAAUAGAACAAAGUUCUGCUUUGGGUGUUCGAGAAUUUCUCGAGGAGUUUCUUGAUGGAUGGAGUCUUGGGGAUGGACAAUAUGAUGCUUUCAUUGCAGAAGCAAAUGUAGAGCAUGGAAGUCGAUUGGAAAGGCACUUUAUUCUUGGAAUUGAUGAAUAUUUGGAAGUUGUUGAGGUAUAUGCCGUCACACUUCUUGCAACGAUUCUAGAAGAUGUAGAUCUUGCAAUUUCCUGGGUUGAGAAUGCUCCAUUGGCUGAGGAAAAUCGACAGGGACUUCUGCGAAGGUUACACUCUAUGCAUUCUCUUAAAAGUACCAAUUUGUCUCAAGUUUCCUCUCUGCAAUCACCUACUAAUAACAAUGCAACUUAUUUGUUGAAAGAACCACAUGAGCGUGAAGGAUCGCCUGAAGCCUUGAAAGGCAAACAUGCCGACUAUAAAAUGUUUAGGUUCAAAGAUGGUGUGUCAAAACUUUCUGAACAAAUAGACACAUGUUUCUGGUGUUUCCGUUCUGUUAAUUUGAAGUUUGGUAAUGCUAAAUUCGUCGUAUCUAGUGGGAAGAUUAUGCUAGGUUGUUUGAUCCUGUUCAUCUGUUAUGUUUUCAGAAGAAAGCAGGCUACUUUGAAAAGGAUUGUAAGAAGACAAUUGAUUGCAGCAAAGAGGGCUUUGGUCGAUUUGUGGCAGCUUGCAUUUUCAUAUCAAGUUAAUCCUUUGGCGGCUGUUGAACCACUCUCUGCUGCAACACGUCAAGGUCAGUGAUGGAAUUGUUGAUCAAGCAUGACCUUCAGGAGUCUGUCAUAAGUAAUCCUCAGAAUACCAUCUUGACUAUCAUUCUAGUUCCGGAAAAGCAAUAUGUAUUGUUUAAGGAGGCACUUGCUUAAGCGGAUCAACAAAGCCUUGAUAUUUAUGUACCUUGAAUUCGUGUGAAAAGUUGCACAUGAUAAAUUCAUUAUGCUAUUGUCUGUACAAGGAAUGCUCAAGAUUAGUGUUCUGUCUUAAAAAUAAAUUGUAGCAUAGAUAUCACAAAUACGCUUGACAAAUUGUUUUAAGAAUAAAAUAUUUUGCUAUGCAUAGAAAUGUAGUGUUCUGAACU